UGUGUACAUAACAGUGAUGUGGCAGACCUCGUCCAACUAAGUUUAGUUACGGUAGUUAGUUAGUUACGGGAAUGUGAACACUAGUGACCCUAGUGUGGGAACGAGCGGAAAAGCCGGAAAAGGAUGGCCGGUGAAAUGGCGCACUCUCCGCCCCCAGGUUCGAUUGAGGAGCUGGCCCGCUGCCCCAACUGUCACCGCGCCUUCAACGAGGCCGAGUACGAGCCCAAGCUUCUCCAGUGCCGACACUACUUCUGUCUCACUUGCACCCGCCACGUCCUCGGCGCCGGGAGGGAGAUAUAUUGCGUGCAUUGCUGGAAGCGAACCGUACCGCCUGGAGGAUUGGUUGAGCAUUUGCCGACUCAUGCACCAGUUUUGGCUUUGGCCCUACGGCUUCAGAAUCAAGAGUCAGAUGCGUUGUCGGUUGAAGAGCAGGAUGUAUGCGCUCCGCAUGUGAUGCCAGCGCUCUGGUGUGCUACAUGCAAUGUGCUCGCAUGCCGUGCGUGCACUGAGCAUGCCCCGCAUAUGCUCCGUCCAGCGGCGGAAGUCCGAGCGAUGCUACUCCGAGACGCGAGGGCAUUGCAUUCAGAAUUGACCCAGCUAGCGGAACGCCAGCGGAACUCGCUGCUUCGAGCUUUAGACGCAGCCACUGCCCUCAAAUUGAGGCUAGAAGGGGAAUUAGCCUCGCCGGUCGUCGAAUCAGAGCCAUCAGCAAAUGUAGCGUUGCCGGUUAUUGCCGCUGAACGUGAUCGCUUGAAAGCGCUAUACGAUCGAACCCUGAUCAACUGUCGGUUGGAUGAUUUAGCGCGCUGCUCACUAGCGCCAGUCAAUUUCGAUUUGCUGAGGAAUGCUUUGGCGGCGGCUGAGGUACCAGGGCCGCCGGAAGCGAUCGAUCCGGUGCUUUUCUUAGCCAACUACUGUAUGGCGCAACUAUUCGCUCGCUCGCUGACCGCAGCCGCGCCUCCGUCCCCUUCAACAAGACCUCACUUCUUCUUCGCGCUGGAAAUAGACGGAGCCCCUGCAGGCCGUGUGGUCAUCGCUUUACGAGAGGACGCGGCGCCGCGUAUGUCACGCAACUUUGCAGCUUUAGCUACAGGGGAGCUCGGUGUGGGCUAUCGUGGCUGCUGCGUUUUCCAAUGCUGGGACGGCGAGAGCGUUAUAACUGGAGAUUUCGAACUAAACAACGGUCGCGGCGGACGGAGCGUUUACGCUGAAGGGUACUUCAUGCCGGAUGAUUCUCGGCUGCCAGCUGUGCGCGGUUCUGUAGGUAUGCGUCGCUCGCAGAAGCGGCACGAUAUGCUCGGAUUGGUCGGCUCCCAGUUUAGGAUCAUACUGCGUGAGAUGCGGGGUUUCUCGGCGAUCUUCGGGAAUGUUGUCGAAGGCCUGGAGAUUGUCGACCGGCUCAGCAGCACAGGUGACCUGGCCGGCAAGCCUCACAGCUCCAUAUUUAUCUCCAACUGCGGCCGCCUCUAAUUUCUACCUCUACUUUUCGCGGACCGACUUCUACGGUCGGCGCUAUUUUUAUAGACGUUUUUGAAGUAUUUUGAGCUUGUUGUGGUUCGGUUGCCACUUAAAUACAUAUAUAUUUUGUUAUCGAUGUGACCGAGGCCCAGCCUCACGUGGCUAUAGUUAGUGUAAGUAUUAAAGUCAAUGUAACGGCCCGCUUUAAGGUAAGAGAUAUAUUUUCACGCGGCGCCGCUAAGGGUCUAAGACUGUGAUGUAGGCUUUACGGAGAGGAACGACUAGAUUGUUAUAUUUUAUCGUGUUUAUCAGGGUACUUCCCAUUGAACUAAUAAAGUCGUUUAGUAGUAUUUAAAUUCGUAUUUCCAUCGAAUGGAGUUAUAAUGGGAGGUAGCCUUCCUAAGCAGUGUCGUUUGCAUCGACCGUGUAGAUACCAUUCACACUGUUAACUGACAAAUCGUAAUUCUUGUUGCAAAGACUAACCCGCUUAUUCAUAAAACUUUACGUGCCUGAUUUAGUUAAAUCAUGUUUUAUUCCUUUCUUACAAAUACAUACGUCAAAAUGACAGAUAAAGACAAACGAUUCAUAGCUAAUUCAGGCCAGUAACGCGUUUCUGAAUAACGCCAU